ACAAGCUCGCCAUCUCCAUCGGCAACCGAAACUUUCAGCGGCAUACCUUAGCAAUAAUAAAAAUAAUAAUUAAAACAGAGAGGACAUACUGCCCCAAAUGAGUUCACCGGGAAAACAGACUUUAUUAUUUCUUUUUAUGGCACUGAUGGCACAAGGUUCCUCCUCCCGGAGUGAGGACCACCUCUUCCGUCGGCUCUUCCGGAGAUACAACCAGUACAUCCGGCCGGUGGAGAACGUGUCCGACCCAGUUACGGUCCAGUUUGAGGUCUCCAUGUCACAGCUGGUCAAAGUUGAUGAAGUCAAUCAGAUCAUGGAGACCAACCUCUGGUUGAGACACAUCUGGAAUGACUACAAGCUGAAGUGGUCCCCGACGGAAUACGAUGGAAUUGAGUUUAUACGUGUGCCGUCUAACAAAAUAUGGAGACCCGACAUCGUGCUGUAUAAUAAUGCUGUGGGGGAUUUCUUAGUGGAGGAUAAGACCAAAGCCCUCUUGAAGUUUGACGGGACGGUGACCUGGGUCCCUCCAGCCAUCUUUAAAAGCUCCUGCCCCAUGGACAUCACCUACUUCCCAUUUGACUACCAAAAUUGCUCCAUGAAGUUUGGGUCCUGGACGUAUGACAAGGCCAAGAUUGACCUGGUCCUGAUCGGAUCCAAGGUCAACCUCAAGGACUUCUGGGAGAAUGGAGAGUGGGAGAUCAUUGAUGCUCCUGGGUACAAGCACGACAUUAAGUAUAACUGCUGUGAAGAGAUCUACCCUGACAUCACCUACUCCUUCUACAUCCGCCGGCUCCCUCUCUUCUACACCAUCAACCUCAUCAUCCCCUGCCUGCUCAUCUCUUUCCUGACUGUGCUGGUCUUCUACCUGCCUUCAGACUGUGGGGAGAAGGUCACCCUGUGCAUCUCGGUGCUGCUGUCCCUCACCGUCUUCCUGCUGGUCAUCACCGAGACCAUCCCCUCUACCUCGCUGGUCAUCCCGCUCAUCGGCGAGUACCUGCUCUUCACCAUGAUCUUCGUCACGCUCUCCAUCGUCAUCACCGUCUUCGUCCUCAAUGUGCACUACCGCACGCCCACCACCCACACCAUGCCCGUCUGGGUGCGCUCCGUCUUCCUCCAGACGCUCCCCCGCGUCAUGCUCAUGCGCCGACCCGUGGACCUGCAGGCCCCCAAGGCCGUGGCCAGGGGCUGCUCCGCUGGCAAGAAGCGGAAGGAGAGCACCCCCCAGCAGGGAGUGGUGAACUGCCUGGAGUACGGCGAGAGCAAGGCACCCGCAGACUCUAAGGCGUGCCGCUGUCGGCACGGUAAGGAUGCCCCUGAGCAGGACUCCGGCAAACCAAACCGGCCCAUUGGCGCGGUUCUGGCCUUCUCUGUGGUCUCUCCUGAGAUCAAGCAGGCCAUCGAGAGCGUCAAGUACAUCGCGGAGAACAUGCGGAGUCGCAACAAGGCCAAACAGGUGGAGGACGACUGGAAGUACGUGGCCAUGGUCAUUGACCGCAUCUUCCUCUGGGUCUUCGUGCUGAUCUGCAUGCUGGGGACCCUCGGCCUCUUCUUCCAGCCUCUCCUGGACUUCCUGACGUAGUGUUUGGCCGGUGUUGGCCAGGACUCCACAAUUCCAGUCCUGGUGGGCCAGUCUGCAACACACUUUGCAGAUUUCCCUGCUUAGCACACAGCUUAUUUAGCUAACUGCCAGCUUUACUAGGUGUCUCUCAGCAGGGGAAUCUGCAAAGUGACCCUCCAGGACCCCAACCGGGGGACAGGUGAUUUUUUUGCGACAUGAUGUCACCAAACCCAAAUGCUCGUUCUGCAUUCUCCAUCUCGUAUCAUCUACAUGUUUGUAUUUAGUUUCCCCAGAUCGUAGCUCUCAUCAGUCCAGAGGAGAACAUGUACAUGUAUAGCUCAAGGUCAAUUCAUCAAUCAGCAAAGGCAUUUCUAAGAAAGGGUGUCCGGAUCAGGCACAGAUACAUGGUGAAGCAGGGACACACGCUGAAGGGGCACAAUGUGGGGACCCACCAAAAAGUUAGGGAAGAGACAGCCAAGCAGAAAGAGACCGGCAGGGUGUCCUUGGUGUGAUUUUAUGUAAAUUCCAUUCGCUAUCCUUUACCCAAACGUUUAAUCAUUUCAAGCCGCUACAAAACACUUGAGUUCUCCAGAUAGAGGAGUUCCCCAUUUAAUUAAGCGUGAUAAAUCAGCAUGACCUUUUUUAGUCCGAAGGCAAUUAGCUCUGUGGCCUGUGGGCCAGUCAGGAUGGUUAACUUUCUUGGAUGUCAUAUUCGGCACGGAGGCGACAGGCUUGGGGGAUUGACUAGGUCUCCAUGGGUGUAUCUAAUUGGCCCCACCGUUGGAAGAUGGCCUCUUCGCUCUCCCCCUGGGUCUCUGGGGCUUGCCUGCUCAUUGCUUUCACUUCUCUCCCGAGCUACAAGUGCAGUUAAACUCCCCGAAGCCCAUUAACCAGCUUGACAUUUCACAUUAAUGUUCACAUUCCACUUUUCUCAAAGCCCCGUUUGACUGCACUUUCAUUCUCAGCCGUGUCAUUUGCGAUUCCCU